AUGGCCCGUGCCCUUACACCUCAGUCGCUCAACUACAAAACCGUCACGUCUUCUCCUUCCUCUUGUCAUGUGUUGGUUGGCUUUUGUCACGGCAAGAGUACCAACCCAAGUCACGGCACUCAUUCAGACACAGUUCAGUCGGCAGCCGUUGCAGCCAACGCUUUGCAUCGAAGCAUGCCGAAUGCUGCAUUCCAAAAAUGCAUCAUUGCCUUCCCCGCAUGGAAUCAUUUUCCUCUGUAG